GCUUGUUCUAUCGCAGGAGCGACUGUCAUGGUUACAGUGGGGUGCGGGGAUUCAAGUCUUUGCCUGUGCGGGAUUGCAGCUUCAUUUUGUAACUACAAUUCCCAUGAUCCUCUGCACAGCAUGCACUGUGAUCCUUAGCCCCAUGCACAUGUUUACUGGCAUUACUGGUUAGAGAGCACAGAAUUAAUUUGAGUUACUAGUCUGGAGUAAUGAAUGUGCUUCAUAUCAGCACCAUCUGAGGUUCCUUGAACUGACUGCUCCAAGGACUUGUGCAUAGUAAACUAAACUACAUUCCAUUCAUGUUUCAUUAGCAAUUCAUUAAAGGGGCUGUUCAUCUUUUUUGAUAGAUAUCCACUUUGCCUUGAGCAAGUAUGACUGAGAAGAGUAUAUGCCCAUCUCGAGAUAAUGGCGUUGUGAUUCCAGAUAACUGGACUGGAUAUGACUUGGAUGUAUUUUCACUGCCCAAUCACUACUGCGAAGAUUUAGAAUGUGUAUUUAUUCCUCAUGGAGUAAUAGUAGACAGGACGGAGCGCAUUGCUAAUGAUAUCAUGAGAGACAUUGGAGAUAACCACAUUACAGUAUUGUGUGUGCUGAAGGGAGGGUACCGGUUCUGUACGGACCUUGUCGAGCACAUUAAAAACCUGAGUCGCAACUCGGAAAGAUUUAUAUCCAUGAGAGUGGACUUCAUCAGGCUGAAAUGCUACUGUAACGACCAGUGCAUGGAUGAGUUGCAAAUACUUGGAGGGGAGGACCUGGCAAAGCUGAGUGGAAAGAAUGUUCUUAUUGUGGAGGACAUUAUUAACACUGGAAGGACAAUGACUGCACUUCUCAGUCAGCUAGAAAAAUACAAACCAAAGAUGGUGAAAGUGGCAAGCUUGCUGGUGAAAAGAUCAGCGUCCAGCAAUCAGUACAGACCUGACUACACUGGAUUUGAAAUUCCCAACAAAUUUGUGGUUGGCUAUGCCUUGGAUUACAAUGAGUAUUUUCGAGACCUUCAUCAUAUAUGUGUCAUCAACGAAAAAGGGAAGAAUAAAUACAAGGUGUAGCGACAGACUGAAGCCGCUGGGGCACGUGGGAGCUCUACCUGGGCCAACAGCUUUUUGAUCUGUGUUUUUGUAACCAUUGCAUGAAUGAUAUAUAUUUGCAGAGAUAAUGUAACUGAUAUAUAUAUGUAUAAAACUUCAGUAAAACAUUCAGUGCUGUGCUACUG